AUGACGGUGGUAUUGUUUCAGGUUGCCGCCACCGUUGCCCAGGAUUACGAAGUCUCUGACAUUCAGUGCAGCGGCGCAGGAUCAGCCGCCGAUCUCCUGACAGCGAAGAUCAAAAGACCAGUUGGCUUCAGAGGGGCGCCGCUCUUUGCCGACGACAGAUCCGCCAAUCCGCUCACCGACAUUCACUGCCAGAUCAGGCCAGAUCCCAACGAUCCUCAGGAAGAUAACUACUUCCUGAAGGUGACUGACUUCUCGAGAUGCGGCAUCCUGAAAAGAAACGGUUUCAUUCAUCUGCGAAUAUGGUUUCCGGCAUUUCCCGGCGUUGUAAUGUUAGCUGAUCAAGAAUUGAUCUUGAUGUGUCGACCACCUGAACCCACGUUACUCCGACACAAAGCCGCCGGUUUCGCUGGAACCUUUCCACACGGAGCAAGAGUAUCGGGAGUCGUCGAAGAAACUCCUGGACGACUGGAAUACGAGGUGGCCCUUUACCGCGAGGCCACAGGCAAUGUAUCAGACGCAUCAGGGUCGCAGGCUGUCGAUCAAGCGGUUCCGAUCGGUACAAAGCUUCAGUUAAGAGCUCGAAUCAGUGCAGACAGUGCAUGGGGUUACAUUAAACUGUUGGAAGUGACCGUUAGUCCUGAUCCCGAUCAGCCUCACGCACCAGGAAGUGUCGUGUUGGUAAAGGACGGCUGUAGAAAUCGAGAUUUCGCGUCAAUAAUUCCUCAUCAGCCAGCCCGUUAUCGGGAGAGAAAGAACGAAGUUUUCCUCGAUUUCGAAGCCUUUCUCCUUAGCUCCAUGAGAGAACGAUCCACGCUGUGGAUCCACUCGCAGAUCAAGGCUUGCAUGGAACCGCAAGACUGCCAACCGGACUUUUGUCUCGAUCUUUUUGAACCGGCGGGGCACGGAAGAAAGAGGAAACGAUCUAUUGAAGAAAGCAUGAAUGAAUAUUUUCCUAAAGUCGAUCGUUUAAUAAAAGAAUACAAUGAUUCGAUACCUUAUACAAAAUUUAAGGAAAACAUCGAAUACACGGUGAUAAUGCCUGAUGAUUUGUAUCAAAAAGUUGCUGCUGGACUUGAGAACAGUUGUGGUAAUUUCCUUUACGUUGCAACCGGAUUAGGUACACUUUUGGUUCUGUCAGCCUUUAUCAUGUGUUAUCUAGCAACACGACUUCAUAAUUUAUCGUCGUCUAUACCACAAAAUAAAUCAAUCGACGAACUAGUACGAGACCGUGCUAGAAAAUAUUCUGAACCAACACCAGGCUACACCGGUCGAUCUACAGUACAAUAG